AUGAUUGAUUUGAAAAGAGAACGUGAAAAGGUUCUGGGCAAUUUAGGUGCAAAUAAUUUAGGUCAAUUAGGUCCGUUUGGUCCAGUUGACCAAGGUUUUUCUGCAUUUAAUGUUGGAUCUGCCUCCACUCAAUCUGCCAAUCCUUUCUUUCCAACAGAAAUUAAUUCAUCAACAAACAAUUUCCCAAAUAAUUUUGGUCAAUUUAAUACAAACCAAGUUCCUCAACCUUCUUUUGGUGGAUUUACUUUUGGUGCUUUUUCACCACCAACAUGUGGUGGAUUAGUGCAACAACAAUCGAAUCAGAUUGGUGGAUGUAAUUUUCUACCUCCUCCACCAACUCAAUCAGUACAAAAUGGAUUUAGUUUAGGUUCUGAAUUCUCUCAACUACCAAAGGCAACAAGUGGAUUUAGUUUUGGAUCUACAAGUGAGCUGGAGCAACAACAGAAAUUACAAGAAGAACUGUUGAAAACUUUCCUACGACAGCAACAAGGGGAAUACAUGACAAACAUGUUUAAUGAAAUGAUGGGGAAUUCAUGUAAUUUAUCAAAUUCUGAUCCUUUUAGUUUUGGAUCUACUAACCAAGUUCCUCGAUCUCCUCAAGCUCAAACCGCUGCAUUUAGUUUUGACAUACCAAAUUCACUGGAAAAUGUUGAAACUGAUAGUCAACUAGAAAAUAUUGAAACAGAAAAAGCAAACAUUGAAAUUGAAUCCUCACCACCAAAGAAGAAUUUCUUCAAUUCUCUCGAUGGAAUGGAUAUUUUGAGCAUUGUCCUUAGUAUUGCAUUGGUAUUCUUUGCAAUUUUUGUAUUUUAUUCAUAA